CAGCAGCUGCAGCAGCAGCAGCAACAGCAGCUGCAGCAGCAGCUGCAGCAGCAGCAGCUGCAGCAGCAACAGCAGCUGCAGCAGCAACAGCAGCAGCAUCUGCAGCAACAACAGCAGCUGCAACAACAGCCAGCAGCUGCAGCAACAACAGCAGCAGCUGCAGCAACAACAGCAGCAGCUGCAGCAGCAACAACAGCAGCAACUGCAGAAACAACAGCAGCUGCAGCAACAACAGCAGCAGCAACAGCAGCAGCAGCUGCAGCAACAGCAGCAGCUGCAGCAACAGCAGCAGCUGCAGCAACAACAGCAGCUGCAGCAACAACAGCAGCGGCAGCAGUAACAACAGCAGCAGCUGCAGCAGCAGCAGCUGCAGCAACAACAGCAGCAGCUGCAGCAACAACAGCAGCUGCAGCAACAGCAGCAGCUGCAGCAACAACAGCAGCAGCUGCAGCAACAGCACAGCAGCUGCAGCAACAGCAGCAGCUGCAGCAACAACAGCAGCAGCUGCAGCAACAACAGCAGCAACAGCAGCAGCUGCAGCAACAACAGCAGCAGCUGCAGCAACAACAGCAGCUGCAGCAACAACAGCAGCAGCUGCAGCAACAACAACAGCAGCUGCAGCAACAACAGCAGCAGCUGCAGCAACAACAGCAGCAGCUGCAGCAACAGCAGCAGCAACAACAGCAGCAGCUGCAGCAACAACAGCAGCAGCUGCAGCAACAACAGCAGCUGCAGCAACAACAGCAGCAGCUGCAGCAGCUGCAGCAGCAACAGCAGCAGCUGCAACAACAACAGCAGCAGCAGCUGCAGCAACAACAGCAGCUGCAACAACAACAGCAGCUGCAACAACAACAGCAGCAAGAUGGCGGCGGCGUGUGCGGCCACGUGUGCGUUGUGCUGCAUGGGUGUGGGCUGUGCGUGAGAGUGGGUGAGGGUGAGCUGCGUGUGAGUGAGCUGUGUGUGUGUUUAAAUUUAGUGUUUUAAAGAUGUCAAUUCACCUGCUGUGUAUCUUACUACUGUCCCUCCCGGCCAUAUCUAGUGCCACACUCAACUCUACAAAUGGCUACCCGCGUUACUUCGCGUCAAUACUUAUUGCUAAAUUUGCAACUACACCUGCUAAUGAAACAACUUAUAGACACUUCUACACUCCAUCAUUAUAUCCUUUUAAACCCUAUCUUUGUCCCAUUACUUCACCAGCACUCCUUCCAAACUUCAUUCUGCUCUUAAAAAUAACACCAUCUGCGAGCUGCUGCUAUUCGUCCAAGGUUCGUCGCUCUUCAUCCUUUCACAGAAAAUACCUGUGCAAACUAUUAAUUCUACUUUUCUUAUUUCUGGGUGGUAUUGAGCUUCAUCCUGGACCAAAUGUAAACAACUCAUAUAAUUCUGUAGAUUUUUCUGGCAGAAAAGGUGUUGGUGUUCUACAUGUCAACAUCAGAGGGCUUUUGAUUAAAUUAAGUCAACUAAAACUAGAAGUAGCAAAUCUUGACCCGGACAUAUUUUGCCUAACAGAAACAUUUCUCACUCCUGCCGUCAAUGACUUGCAGAUUACGAUUGACAACUACAAUCUUUUCCGGCUUGACCGAGGAUCUAAAGGAGGUGGAAUUGCCAUCUAUGUUCGUAAUACUAUUGCAUGUUCACCAGCUCACUCCUUGUUUAAAAAAUGUUGCUUUGAAGGUCUGGCUCUCAGAAUAACUCUCCCUAAUAAUCAACACAUAUUGGUAGUGUGCUGCUAUAGACCGCCUAGUGGGAAGGAUGUUGAAGCUGCAUCUGCACUGAGAGAGCUUCUUGGGGGCCUCCCUAAAGGUGAAAUAGUUUUAGUGGGUGAUCUAAAUUGGAAUUGGCUAAACCCGCCGGCCGUGGCCACAAAUUUUGCAGAUGAAUUUAACCUGUUUCAAUUAAUAAAUGUCCCCACAAGACCCAACCUAAAAAAUCCGGGACAGUCAUCUCUGCUUGACGUCCUAUUGACAAAUGCCCCUCACAAUUUCGCACUGACUGGUGUUCUAGGUAAUAACCUUAGUGAUCACUCCUUCAUUUUUGGGGUGAGAUCAUCAGCCAGACCCAAAGCCCCCCCUAAAUUGGUUGAGAAGCACUCCAUGAGACACUUCAGCACUCAGGCAUUUACUAAUGAUGUGCUUCACUCGGAUAUUGACAAGGUCUGUGAUAUUCCAAACCUGACUACGGCUUGGGAGACCUUCAGGUACACGUUUCUCCAAAUUCUUAACAAACAUGCUCCGUUGGUUAAAUUUAAAACUAAAGGCAACCGUCCACCAUGGUUUGAUCCUGUGAUUACAAAGCUCAUGAAAACUAGGGACAAGGCUUGGGCAUGUGCUCAGAAAAGUAAUUUGGUCAAUGACUGGCUAGAAUACAGGAUUUUAAGGAAUAGAUGCGUCAAAAAAAUACGGCAUGCAAAAAAUAACUACUUCUCUUCCACUCUCCUUGAAUCUCAUGGAAAUGCCAGGAUUUUCUGGAAAACAAUCAAAUGUAUCGAAAAGGCAUCCAAAACAGAUCAUCUGCCCGUUCAGCUUUACCGAAAUGGGGAAUAUUUUUCAGAUCCCCAAAAAAUAGUUGACAAUUUUAACCUUCAUUUUUCUGAAGCUGGUACCCUAUUUGAUAAUGUAUUGGGAGUCACCCCUGCUCAUGCAAAUUCCUACACUCCUGUCCAAACAUUAAGCGAAUUUAGUUUUCAGCCAAUCCACGAAAGUAAUGUUCUGAAACAACUGUCCUACCUCAAAGGGUCCUCCUCUACCGGAGCAGAUAGUUUUCCCGUCUUUGCUCUACUAACUGUUGGUCACCUAAUAUACAAACCUAUAGCCCAUAUUUUCAACCUGUCCAUCAAAGAAGCAUCAGUUCCUCUAGAAUGGAAACAUUCCUAUGUUCGUCCACUUCACAAAGGGGGCCCUAAAGAUGAUCCAAAUAACUACCGACCUAUCUCAAUUUUGUCCCCGUUGAUGAAAAUUUUUGAAAAAUUAUUGACCUACCAAAUUAGCAGUUUCCUGUCCGCCAACAAUCUAUUACAUCUAAAACAAUCUGGGUUCCGAAAAAAAUACAGCACCACAUCUGCUGCAUUAGACUCUCUGAAUCACAUUUACAGUAGCCUUGAUAAUAAGCAGUACUGCGCCUGUCUUUUUCUUGACUUGUCCAAAGCUUUUGAUACAGUAGACCACAACAUCCUGCUUAGUAAAAUAAGUUGCCUCGGUUUUUCCGAAAACACAGUAAAAUGGUUAAAAAAUUACCUCUUUUCUCGCACCCAAACUGUAUUCACAGAUGGUUGGAGGUCAAACAGUGUUAAGAUAACAAAAGGGGUUCCACAGGGUUCCAUUCUCGGCCCCCUCUUGUUCUCUCUUUAUGUAAAUGACUUGGGCACUGAACUGGAUUAUUCCAGGGUAAAUCUUUUUGCAGAUGACACGGUACUAAUUACUGCUGGCCGCUCUCCGGAUGACGUGAUUGCUAAGCUCCAGAGUGAUUUCAACAAACUACAACAUCAGCUAGUUGCUCUUAAACUAGUCCUAAA